AUGUCUUCUCCUACACCCACAAAGUUGCGGGCACUCUAUCGCUCGUUCCUACGCGAACUUCCAUCUCGCCCCUUCACGCAAAACUCCCGCUCUCCACUACAAUCUCGCAUUCGCAAAACCAUAGCCUCGGAAACAAACACACCAAUCGAGCAAGCCGAGCAAUUCCUUCAAUAUGUCAAGGCACAAAGGAUGUAUGCUACAUUACUUGAGAGAUACAAUCCAGGAAUGAAUAUGGAUGAUGAAGAAAGAAUUCGUUUGACUGCUAGGAGGGUAGGAAUGGAUUUGCCGGAAGAAUUUUCGUAUGGGGAGAAGGGCACUGGAGGCAAAGUGCAAUGA